UCAUUGUGUUUGUUGUGUGCAUUACAGCUCCUCUUUUGCAAUCCCAUGGAAACCAAAGCUCAUACGCAGCUUCACAUUUUCUUUCUUCCAUUUAUGGGUCCAGGCCACAGUUUACCCCUCUUAGACAUUGCCAAACUAUUUGCGUCACGUGGUGUAAAAUCCUCCAUAAUAACCACCCCUGUCAGUGCUGCACUUCUCUCCAAACAACUCCGAACAAGCAAAAGUUUGGGUUCUGGAAUUGAAUUUCUUGUCAUCAAAUUCCCAUCGGCUGAAGUAGGGUUGCCUGAAGGUAUUGAAACUUCGAACUCAGCAACAACCCGAGAAAUGAAGGGAAAACUCAUGGAAGCUACCGCUCUGCUUGAACCAAAGGUAGAGCAGAUUCUGGACCAACAUCGUCCUCACUGCCUUGUUGCAGAUGCUGUAUUUCAUUGGGCUACAGAUGUUGCUGCCAAGUUUGGGAUUCCGAGGCUCGUCUUUCAUGGAGCUGGUUUUUUCCCGUUGUGUGCUUCAUUGAGUGUGAUGUUGUACCAACCUCACAUGAAGGUUUCAUCUGAUUCAGAAUAUUUUGUUAUUCCUAAUCUCCCACAUGAGAUCAAGAGCACAAGAAACCAAGUACCGGCUUUUCUUAAUGUGGAUUCCAAAACAGAACUCUUCAAGCUGGUCAAAGCAUCUAUGGAGGUUGACGAAAGGAGCUUUGGGAUUCUUGUUAACAGCUUCUACGAACUUGAACCAGAAUAUGCAGAUCACUAUAGGAAGGUGUUUGGGAGGAAGUCAUGGCAUAUCGGCCCGGUUUCUUUAUGCAACAAGGCAGAAGAAGAUAAAUCAGCGAGGGGAGAGGAAGGCUCUGCUGAUGGAGUACAUGAAUGCUUUGAUUGGCUUAAUACUAAGGAACCCAAUUCGGUUGUUUAUAUCUGUUUUGGAAGCCUUACCAAUUUCAGUGAUGCUCAGCUUGUAGAAAUUGCCUUGGCUCUUGAGUCUUCUCAUCAGCAAUUCAUUUGGGUUGUCAGGAAAGAAAAGAAUGAUAAAGGAGAGUGGUUGCCUGAUGAAGGAUUUGAGCAGAGGUUAGAAGAUAAGGGACUGAUAAUAAGAGGCUGGGCUCCCCAACUACUAAUUCUUGAACAUGAAGCAGUUGGGGCCUUUAUGACUCAUUGUGGUUGGAACUCUAUCCUUGAAGGAGUGGCUGCUGGGGUGCCAAUGAUCACCUGGCCAGUGUCCGCAGAGCAGUUCUACAAUGAGAAGUUGGUGACUCAGUUACUUGGGAUUGGGGUUGCUGUUGGGGCUGAAAAGUGGGAUACAUUUGAGGAUGAUAGUCUGAAGAGCGAAGCCAGCGUGCAGAUGGAGGCCAUAGAGAAGGCUGUGACUGAAAUCAUGGUGGGUGAUGAAGCAGAGGAAAUGAGAAGCAGAGUUAAAGAGCUUGGAGAGAUAGGAAGCAAGGCUGUUGAAGAAGGCGGUUCAUCGUUCUCCGAUUUAACUGCUCUAAUUGAAGAGUUGAGGUCCCUUGGGACCUGAUUCUAGCCAAAACGCCAACAUUUUGGGCUCUGAGAAGCAAAAGUUGUAUCCACCAGAAAUUUAAAUUGUUGGCAUCCUACAUGAAAUCUGUAUAGUUCAAAUCAAU